AUGACAACACAUGUAAUAUUUUUACGUAAUUGCGGAGAUGAUGUCUUGAAUCACGUCUGCACUCAUCAAUUCGUCAAUGUCAAUUUGAAGAUGCUGUGCGCUCGAGAAAUGUACCACGAAAGCACUCAUACACCCACAAUAACAACUUCGUCUGAUUCGGCGCGUUUAUAUUAUUACUUCGAAGUCGAAGUCAUUUCUGAACUUAAGUUACCUCAAUCUUCACACUUAUCUUUGUUAUUAGUUUUGAGUUACCAAAUUCACUGUCAUGAGAGGUUGAUGGUUUUUUUCUGCGUUGUGCCGGAGAAGUUUUCGAAAUUUCUCAAACAUCAUUGA